AUGGCGGCGGCUGUCAAGCAUCACAAGAGUGCGACGCCAAAGGUCAAAGCCCUUGCGGAGGUCGUCUGCCCAGACUACGAUGAGCGAGACCCUUAUCGCCUGGCACAAGGCAUCCGUGCCUGGGCCACGCAGGGCGACAAGGCCGUCCCGGCGCCCUGGGCCACCUUCCCGGACGCGCGGAUGCCUGCAGAGCUGAGCCGCGCCUUCUACGGAUUCGGCUUCGCUGCGCCCACGCCGAUCCAGGCUCAGGUGUGGCCUGUGGCCUGCCAGGGCUUAGAUGUGAUCGGCAUCGCGCGCACAGGGUCUGGCAAGACCCUCGCAUAUCUGUACCCGGCCUAUCUGUGGAUGGGAUCUCACCGCGGCUCCGGCGGGGUGCGAUCACUAAUCCUGGCACCAACGCGUGAGCUUGCCACGCAGAUCCACGAGGAGGCCGGCAAGUUUGCAGCAGCAGCGAAGUUCACCAGUGCUUGUGUCUAUGGUGGUGUGCCCAAGAAGGAGCAGCUGCCGCUGGUCCGCGCCGGUGCGCCGAUUCUGGUGGCGACGCCCGGGCGUCUGAACGACUUCCUGGAGUCCCGGCAGAUUUCUCUCCAAAGUGUGGGCUACCUGGUUUUCGACGAAGCGGACCGGAUGCUAGAUAUGGGUUUCGAGCCGCAAAUUCGAGACAUCGUAAAGCAGCUCCCUCGCCGACGUCAGACGCUGAUGUUCAGCGCCACGUGGCCGGAGGAGGUGCAGGCUUUAGCCCACGACUUCCUGCAGGAGCCCCUCCAUAUCCAAGUCGGCGACCCAACAGCGUUGCAGGCCAACGAAGACAUCAGCCAGCAGGUCGUAGUCUUGGCGCCAGACCAGAAGGACGAGAUGCUACUCAAGGCCGUUCGCAGCACCCGGUCCCAAGAACGGGUCUUGGUCUUCGUAGCUAUGAAGAAGAGCUGCGACCUGGUGGCACGUACCUUGCGAAAGAAUGGGGUCGUUGCCAACGCAAUGCACAGCGACAAAGAUCAGCAGGAGCGCGAGGAGGCUUUGCAGCAGCUUCGCAGCGGUGCAGCGCGGGUGCUGGUGGCCACCGAUGUGGCGGCUAGGGGUCUGGAUGUCAAGGGCAUCGCGCUGGUCGUGCUGCUGGAAGGGACGCAGCAUGACCUUUCUGACACGCUCCGGAACAGCUGUUCCGAGAGGAAGUUUUUCGGGUUGCAGGGCGUCUUCCGAAGUCUUUCUCCGAGACUAACUUUGGUCGCUGAGCCCCCGGCAAGCGAGAAAAUGUCCCUGAAGGCCGUGGGCAUCGCCGAGGUCAUGGAGAAGGCCGGCUGCCCAGUGCCUGCCGAGAUGCAGCAGCUGGUCGCCUGGCUUGCAGUGGAUCGGGUCCGCCAACGCCAGGCCCAAGCACGGCAGAGCGACCAACGCUGGGAGGACUUGCCAAAGGUGCUGAUGGUGGCUGAGAAGCCCUCUGUGGCCAAACUGGUGGCCGAGAGCCUCUCCAACGGCCGCCUUCGCUUCCGCAAAGGCCAGAGCCGAGCGGUCCAGGUCUUCGAGUUUGUGACCUGGUUCCCGCCGGCGCAACAGAAGUGCCGCAUCCUCCAGACCUCCACCAUCGGGCAUAUCUUCGGGCUUGACUUCGAGGACGGUAGGCCCUCUGACCUGGCGGACCUCUUCUAUUCCAACGUGAAGAAGACGGUGGAGGGGGCGGUUGCCAAGAAUCGCAUCGUUGAACACAUCCAAGAGCUUGCCAGUGAAGCCGAAUACCUGGCGCUCUGGCUGGACUGUGACCGGGAGGGCGAGAACAUUUGCUACGAGGUGAUGUCGCUCUGCAGCACCAUCCCGGAGGAGAUGCUUCCGUGUUUGCGCAGUGUCGGUUUGGAGAACGUCUACCGUGCACAUUUCUCGGCGCUGACGCAGCCGGAGAUCAAGCAUGCUGGCAGCGAAGCAGCCUCCCUGUUUGUCUCUGUACAAUUGACUGCUUUCAAGACGCUGGGACGCCCGGACAAGCAGCUGGCUAUGGCCGUGGAUGCACGCCAGGAGCUCGACUUGAAGAUUGGGGUGACGUUCACGCGGCUUAUGACCCGCACAUUUCUGAACUACGCCAAGGAGAAGUUCCGAGUCUGGGAUCAGACCUGCCUGAGCUACGGCCCCUGCCAGACUCCCACACUGUGGUUCUGCGUGGAGCGGCACAAGGAGAUCGAGCAGUUCCAGCGCCAAGACAUCUUCACUCCUACAGUAACUGUCAACAUUGAAGACUACCCUGUCGAGCUCAGCUGGGAAGAGGGCUCUACGCUGGAUGCCGGACGGUCCCAAAAGCUACAAAGGUCAUUGCAGGCGAGGCCAUGUGCUUCGCUCAUAGAAGUGACAUCAACCAGGAAGCGUGCGCGGCGGCCGGUGGGGCUGAACACGGUCCAGCUGCUGAAGGCCGCUUCCACUGGACUUGGCAUGUCUCCGGCGCAGUGCAUGAAGGUUGCCGAGGGCCUUUAUUCCUCCGGCUACAUCUCAUAUCCACGCACGGAAACCACAAAGUACUCAGACACCUUCGACCUCGUUGGGGCGCUUCGGGAGCAGGCCAAUCACCCGUCGUGGGGACGCCUGGCGGAGGAAGUAACGGAAUGGGACUGCCCAGGAAAGACGGUGAGCUACCUCCUUCGGCAGGGGUCAAUCCGCUCCCCAGUCUCCGGAACGGACAAAGGCGACCAUCCCCCGAUUACACCGAUGCGGGCAGCACCAAAGGACGAGUUCAGCAAAGGCAAGGAGUGGCGAUUGUACGACUACGUCACACGACAUUUUAUCGCAUCACUGAUGGACGAUGCCGAGUACGAUGAGAUAUGCUACAUUUUCGAUGUGUCUGGCGAACGGUUCGUUUUCACUUACCACGAGGUGGCAGAGCGUGGUUUUCUGUAUGCGAUGCCGUGGAAGGUGAACGACCUGAAGCUCGAAGAGAUUGACUGGCAAAUGCCUGACAUGGCCCAAGGGGACCAGCUCUCUGUGGACGAGGUCGCAGUGACGCGUGACACGACGAAGCCUCCCGAUUAUCUGAGAGAGAGCGAACUCGUCGCCCUGAUGGACAAGAAUGGCAUCGGCACCGACGCCUCUAUUCCGCAGCACAUGCAGAAUGUUGUGGACCGGCACUACGUCAUGAUUUGUGGCCCCGGGGCGGACGGCCAGCGAGGCGAAGUCAUCUCCAAGGGCGGCAAAGGGAAAGGCCGGAAAGGCAAAGGGAAAGGUGCUAAAGGUGACGAUGGACGGCCCGCCUCGAGGCACAUGGUGCCCACGCCAAUGGGCCUGAGCUUGCUGGCCGCUUUCGAAGAACUGGAUGCGCAGCUUUGCCGCCCUCCUAUCAGGGCCUUCAUGGAAAAGCAGGUGGCUCAGAUCGCGGAAGGCUUGCUGGACAAGCCGGACGUCACAGCACAGAACUUGGACCUGUUCCAUUCCAAGUUCUUGAGGUUUCGAGACAACAUAAGUUCCCUGGACCGCUUUUUCAUGCGGAAAGACCAGAUGGCUCAGUCUUGGUCAGGAGCUGGCCAUAAACGACAAGGUUUCUUGGCCAAACCAGCGAUACUUUCAACGAAAGAAGGCCGCCGGAUUCGACUCGUAGCUUGGACGAGAAGAAAGAAGCAUGGCAGUCAUUAUUUCAACGAAACGUGUUUUCCGGAAUGUCUUGUUGCAGCACCUUGCGCCAUAUCACGUAAGCAAACGCGUAGACCUUACCAUAGGCUUGGGUAUUCUGCGAUGAGUGUGCUUCAGGAGAAAGCUGGGGUGGCGACAGCAAUAAAUGGCACAAGUGGGACGGAAAAGGUGGGCGGUUGUAGGCUGCCGGUCAAAGAUGCUUCGGACUUUGUAUCGUUUUGCAGGAAGCAUUGCAUGGAGCAUUUGUGCAGCAAUGGGCUCCUGCACAAGCCUCAAAGUCUCGUGUUUUUUGUUCCUGCUGUGGCUUCGACAGGAAAGGGCCAGAACAAGGGUGGCAAGGGCAAGGGCGGCAAGAAGUAG